AAAGUCGUUUCCUUUAGCAUACCUAUCUGAGGGAGAGAGACACAGAGAGGAACGAGAGGCAGCAAUGGCGGAUUUAUUUGCAUGGCUAAUUUCCUUCUUUCUCGUCAUAGGUAUUAUUGGAAUUAUACUUUUCCAGCUAAUGUGCUUGGCCGACCUUGAGUAUGAUUAUAUCAACCCAUAUGAUUCAGCAUCCCGAGUAAAUAAGGCUGUUUUGCCAGAGUUUAUUGCACAAGGAAUUUUAUGCCUUCUCCAUCUUACAACAGGACAUUGGGUUAUGUUUCUGCUCUGCCUACCAUUUGCAUAUUACAAUGUAACAAUAUAUACUCGGCGGCAGCACUUUGUAGAUGUAACUGAGAUAUUCAACCAGCUUCCUUGGGAGAAGAAGGUGAGAUUAUUCAAGCUUGGGUAUCUGGUCAUCUUUCUGGCAUUGACGAUAUUCCUGAUGAUUUGGAGCAUCGUGGAUGAAUGAUCAAUCUAAUUUGAUGUUGUCAUUAAUGAUGCAUUCUCAAAAGAAGGUGAUCAAGGUGGCAUGAAGAUGGCAUCCGGUAUACACUUGAAUUCGUUCGCACUAUUUCCAUAAACGUCGAACCUUCCUUCAACCUGUGCUGAGCUUCUAGUCUGUGCUCACUGAUGACAGCAUUAAACAUUUGUCGAUAUUUAUUUAAAAUCUUGGUUUUGUUGGGACAUGAACGUCAUGACUUUGCAGGUUUGCGAAUUUGGAACUGGAAAUCGAAGUCGAUCGGUUAUUAUACUCACAUGGGGCUGCCCCCACGCCAUGUUCAAGUUGUAGUAGUAAUGUAAGUUUGAUAUUUUUUUAAAUUUUUGUGAAAGUCUUUCUUGUUGAAUUUUGGUGUUUUGUUGAAUAAAAUACUUGUUUGAUUGGAA